AUUCAUUUGCCGAGGUCAGAGAGCCUUGUGAGCGGUUGUCUCUUCCCAACCACAGCAUGACGCUGAGAAGUGCUGCGAUGACACGGGACGGGAACCGGAAGAGCGAAGAAACCAUUCCUUUAAAUGAAGCCCCGCGAUGCCACACCCCUGAGCUACAGCUGCGACGACUGUCCCACGUACCUGAUACUGUAUCAUCUGGACGCAUAUAUACUCAAACUCGAUACUUUUGAUCGUUUGCGUCGCACCGCCGUUCCCCUGUCUCCGUCCACGCUCUCGCCUUGCGUUUUGAGCUGCUGUUGCGGUGUGACUGAAACCACGUUCUUUAUUUCGGCGAGAUGUUCUCCAUUACGGUCGCGCUCGGCGUCGGCGCCUUGCUCGCCCCUAGGGUCCUGGCAGAUGUAUGGAACUUGAGCACUACAUACCAAGGCAGCGAGUUUAUGGCCAAUUUUGACUACUGGGGCGACACGAACGCCACUGCCAAGGAUCCCAGCAAUGGUCUCGUCAAGUAUGUUGGUAAAUCGGCAGCACAGUCGUCCAACGUGACUUAUGUAGACAGCAAGGGCCUCUUCCACCUGCAGGUGGCCAAGAACAACCAUGGCGCGGUACUGAUGCCAGCCCCUUUCUUCUUCAGCGAUGUCACGCAUGUUCCCACUGGAUGCUCGGUCUGGCCCGCAUUCUGGUUGGUCAACCCGGACACCGCCAGUUAUCCAAAGGGCGGCGAAUUUGACAUUCUAGAGAAUGCGAAUGACCAAUUCCACGGAAACCUUCAACAGAGCGGUAUCACAUCCUACGCGAACUGUACAGUCGACUAUUCGACCGGUAACAACGGUUGCAGAGUCGAAAUGAAUCAGGCCACUAUCACCGGGAGCAGCGCAGUUGUACCAACAUGGGGCACCGAAUUGAAUCAAGCCGGCGGCGGUGUUUUUGCUACUGAGCGGUCGAUGGGGUCAGCAGGCCACGGUGUGUGCGUCUGGUACUGGCCGCAGUCCAGCGUGCCCACCGAUCUGAAAGUCGGCAGCCAGUCUGUCGAUCCGUCAACGUGGGGCACGCCCGCGGUGGACAUGCCGAUCGCUAACAUAUGCCAUUCGAAUUUCGGGCAGCAGAGCUUGGUGCUGGAUAUCACGCCGUGCGGCGACUGGGCAGGAAGUACGUACAACCAGAGCGGCUGCAACCUUCAGUACACCGCUUGCUCUUACCAGGUGGGGUACAACGGCUCCAGCUACAACCAAUCGUACUGGGGGAUCAACGACGUGCGAGUCUUUGGCACAGGAGGUAAUGCCAAUGCUGCCAUCUCGCCCAACACGGCCACGGAAAGUGCAAGCGCCGCAGCCCACCUUCACGUCGGGGUCGGCGCACUUGGCGCCGUUCUCUGUGCGGGAUUCGUCGUCUCUUGGCUUAUCUAG